UCCGGCCGCCAAACAUGAGGGGGUGGUGGUGGCAGGACAACAAAGUGUUUGUCCACGAUAAUUCGCCGCUCUUAUUGGCUGUCUGGUUGCAUAGAUUAAGAAUCAUCACAGAGUGGACCACAGCUCCAUAAAGCACGGUUCAUUGUGUAAUUUGACUUGACAGUGGACACCCACGUUUUUCUGUAGCUAAACACUGCAUAACAGCUGGUUAUCCCAGUAAAGAUGAUGCCCUACUGUGGAUUACAGUACCAUUCAUGACAAUGACACACCCACCAAGUAAAUGCACGCACCAAGCAGUUCUUCCACAUGAUCUCUGACAGGACAUCAAGUUGGACUAAACCUCACAACCAACGCUCACUGAAAACACCCUAGUUUCAAAAUCAACUCGAUGCUCAUGGAAAGAACAACCACACAAAGACUUAAAACCUAAAUCAACCUCAUACAGUAUGUUGGUUGGAAGGAAAUGCCCCCAUUUGGCCUACUGCGGCCCUGUAAUCCCUCUCGCACACAAACCCGAGCAGGACUAGAACCCUCACCUCCACCCCGUUGCCUUGGCGACCAACGACCAUGUCGUACCGCACGCCCAAUUUCACCAUGCAGCAGAAGCUCUACUUCCUGCAGAGGAUCCAGGGCGUGGUGCACACAGUCCAGGACUUCAGGAAGGACACCAACACUACUGUGCACCGCAACGCCGUGUGGGCCGAGGUGGUGGAAGCCUUCAACGCUGCCUUCCCCGACCGGCCACCGAGCUCGGUGGGCACCAUGAAGACCCUGUGGAAGAGGCUGAAGGUGGAGAGCCGCCAGGCGCUGCACCGGCGUCAGGAGCAGGUGGUCGCCGGCAUGCCUGUCACGGCCCUGACCGAGGUUCAGCGGGAGAUUACGGCCAUGGUACCCAACCUCAUCUCCAACCAGGACGACAUGGACGGAGAGGUGGGCUACACUGGCCUCAGGCCUGGCUCCCCCACAGCAGACGGUUCCAAUCUCUGUCUCGCUGUCUGCCUGUGUGACCUAGUGACGUGUACUGCAGCGACCAGUGGGAGUGACCAGGACGAUGCUGAUAACAGUCACAAUGAGGAGAGCGAGAGUAAAGACCAGGUAGCCAUGAGCAUCGGCAUCGCCUCCUUCACGGCACUAGCAGGAAGUGACGGACCCCUCCGGAUCCCCUUCUCCACCAGCCAGCCCAACGCCUCCACUCUCACCCACAGUGAAACCUCCUGGUCUGGGACAUCCCCGUCCUUCCUCCCUCCGCCCAUCCCAUCUGCCUCAUCCUCCAGCCUGUUCACCUCUUGCCCCAUGAACUUUGACCUGCCCUACGUCCCCCGGGCCGCCCCGCAACCCCUCACCUCUCUGGCAGCGGCAGCAGGGCGGGGGUCUGAGGACCCACGGUGCGGGCCGCGCAUGCUGGAACUGUCGGAGUUGGAACAUGAGCAGAGGAUGAGAGUCCUACAGAUGGAACAGAAGGUUUUAGAAGACAAGAGGAAGGCGGUGAGGCAGAAAGAGAAAGCCUACAGGCUAAAAAAGAGAUACUACCAGGCUAAGCUGAAGAAGAUGGGGGAAGAGGUACGACCGUGCUCGAGUAGCGAGGACACUGAGGGCGAUGAUCAAAUAAUUUGACGGUUAUUUUGUUGCUUUUAUGUUUUUAUGAAGAUGAUUUAAAAAAAAGUUUCUGACAGUUUCAGGUAUUUGUGAAAACUUUAGUAAAAUCUUUUUUGGGUAUUCCUUUUCAUUGUUGCCCUAGAUCUGUAGGAGUUUUGUUUUAAUGGUCUGGUAGAGAUCUCUGAAUGUGAAAAGAGACCUGAAAGAGAGGAGACCCUCCGGAAACAAACUGUCAAAACUAGUCUGCUAAAACGGUUGUUUUCACCAGGGAAUGUCACUCACAGAAAAUAGGACUCAAACAACAUCUUGUUAGGAAUAUUUCUUAUUUUUAUGUUGGUAACCGAGGAGCAGCUGUUUCAAAUUCCCCCCAUGCCGACGGGAGAGCACAUACCCCAGAAUAAGCACACAAACUGACAGUCCCCCGUUCCUCUCCCUCCCUCCUUUCCUCCAUCAUUACACUUCAAUGACUUCCCUCUUUUCUCUCACACUUCCUGUUCUCUCAAUGCAUUUUGUCACAGUGGGAGAGUCAGCUCAUACGAAACAUUACAUGUUUAAAAAAAAAAACGACAUUUGAACAAAUACCGCUGCACACUCUCUUUUAUAAAUAACACACUCUCACACAAAAUGACAAAGUAAUAAAUAAUAUAUAUCUUAUGUCUGUACAAGUUAACGGUACUGCAGUAAUUAAUCAUAUAAAAAAGAACUGACCAGUGGCAAAAUAACUGGAGCAGUUAAAUGUAGAUGGAAUAUAGCGAAGGAUGGAUAUCGGGGACCCUGGGGAGAUUUUUUGGCAAUAAUACUGUCACAUUUAUAUUAACUUACCACAACCCAAAGACAUAAAAAGAUUAAAGCAGGUCGUUGAAAAGAGG